AUUUAUAUUUACUUCGGUACAGCUAUUUUCCUUCGGUCACAUACCACUCCUGCCUUGAAAUUGAUUUCGCUAUAAUGUAAGUCUUUUCAGAGUACCAUACGCUGCAGCAUUUCCGGUCAUAUAUCCGCAAGUAUAUCCUGAAAUAUUUCCCGAACUAUACCCAGACGAUGAUGACGAGGAGACAACUGGUAACGUUCAACAAAAACCAUCCAAAGUGUGGAUUUUUAGGCGAAAUUUCAUCGGUGCUUUGGCUUUUCUUGGGUUCUUCUGCGCGUACAUGAUACGAACAAAUUUAAGUGUGGCUGUGGUAGCGAUGACCGUUCCUGAUCCAAAAGUACCCAAUAGUACAGCACCUUUCAACUGGAAUUCGAAAGAGAAAGGUACUUUACUCGGAGCUUUUUUCUACGGAUACCUUUUUACCCAGAUUGUUGGAGGCUGGCUGAGUAUCAAAAUAGGUGGAGCUAAGGUAUUCGGAGCUGGAAUAUUGGUAUCUUCGAUAUUAGCUAUAGUUACUCCGCAAGUAGUACCUUUUGGAAUAUUUGUAUUUGUCGGAGUACGAGCUGCCCAGGGAUUCGUUCAGGUUGGAGCAAUAACUUGUGUAUGGUGGCUUAUUUGGGUCAUAUUUGUUCGAGAUGAUCCCCAACGUGAUCCAUGGAUUUCAGACGAAGAACUCGAAUAUCUAAAAUCCACUCUUGGAGAAAGCGAACAUAAAGAUGUAAUUUCAAAUGUUAUUUCCAAUAUUGGUAAAUUGAUAAUCAUCAAUAAUCGAUAUUUUUUUGGCUUCUAUUGCAUUUUUUAUUUUUAUUCUCAACUUUUCUGUAAAAUGCAGGACAUAUUUAUUUUUUCAAUAAAACAUCCUUGGUUGAAAUUCUUCACGUCGAUGCCCGUCUGGGCGAUUGUUGUGUCACAUUUUUGCCAAAAUUGGGGCUUUUAUACCAUGUUUACUAAUUUACCUAGUUUUUUUAAAGAAACCCUACAUUAUGAUAUAACCAUGUCUGGAGUUCUUUCUUCGUUGCCUUUUUUAGUCAUGAGUGUUGGAUUACCUAUCGCUGGAUUGAUCAUUGAUAAAAUCAGAAGACUGGGAAUAUUUUCGAUUACCACAAUUCGAAAAUUAUUCAAUUGUGGAGCAUUUCUCACACAAUGUGGAUUCAUGUUCAUGGCCACUAGAUUUCAAGAACCAAAGAUUUUAGUUGUAUGUUUAACUUUCGCUAAUGGCAUUGGUGCCUUCGCUUGGGCAGCUUUUGGCGUGAAUCAUUUAGAUAUUGCACCUCCACACGCCGGAGUUCUUAUGGGAAUUAGUAAUAUGAUGGCUACAUUUUCAGGUGUCUUCAGUACACAGCUGACUGGAUACGUUGUUGUACAAAAAACUCUCGAAGAAUGGAACACUAUAUUUUUAGUAUCAAGCGGCUUCUACCUCCUCGGAGCCCUUUUCUACUUGAUUUUUGGCUCCGGAGAGAAACAAUCGUGGGUUAUAGACUCGUCGACGACAUCCAAACCGACAGGUCCAACGCGAUCACCGACAAGUAUAGAUGAAGAGGAAGACGAUGACGACGAAGGCAGUGAAAUCAUGAGCUGA